CCGGAGAUUCCGGUCAGGCAUGCGCAGAAGUGUCUUAAAAAUCAUAACAAGGUAGUAGAAGUCGCAUAAAGAAAUCUAUCAAGAAAAUGCCUCUGUUUACAAGUAGCUCACCAUUUGAUGGUGAUGUUGAGAAAGCCACUAGUGAGAUGAACACAGUAGAAGACUGGGGUCUUAUAAUGGAUAUAUGUGAUCAAGUCAAGACGAAAACUAAUGGUUCUAAAGAUUGUUUGAGAUCAAUAGUAAAGAGAUUAAAUCAUCGGGUCCCAUUUGUAUCCAUGCAGGCAUUAACACUUUUGAAUGCAUGUGUGAACAACUGUGGACGAGAUUUCCAUCUUGAAAUAUGUUCAAGAGAUUUUGUUUCUGAGUGCAGAACAUUAAUUGGUCAAAAGGCCCAUCCACGAGUUGCACAGAAGCUAAAAUAUAUAAUUAAAUCAUGGGCAGAAAUGAAGGAAUUUAAAGAAGAUCCAGCGUUAAAUUUGGUCCCAUCGUUCUAUGAGAGCUUAAAGAAGGAAGGACAUGAAUUUGCUGAUCCAGAUUCUACACCAAAGAAGACAGUAACAAUGAGCAAAGAUCCAAAUGUAGCACAGUCCCAGCAGGAGGAAGAUGAUCUCGCUAAAGCUAUUGCACUAUCUCUUCAAGAGGAAGAAAAGGGUUCCGGUCAUAAAACAACCAGUCUAUACCCAACUGGACUAUCAGCAGGUGCUUCUGGCGGUGCAGCUCCUAGGGUUAGAGAAGUUAGAAAGGUGAGGGCAUUGUAUGACUUUGAAGCAGUUGAGGAUAAUGAGCUGACAUUCCAUGCAGGAGAACUGAUCAGUGUACUGGAUGACAGUGAUCCUAAUUGGUGGAAAGGAUUUAAUCAGAGAGGAGAGGGUUUGUUCCCGGCUAACUUUGUUACUGCAGACCUGUCAGUGGAACCAGAAGAACCGAAAAGAAAGGUAGAGUUCAGUGAAGAAGUUCAGGUGAAAACUAUUGAGGCACCAGAACAGUUGGAAAUAGAUGAGGCAAAGAUAGAUGAUAUGUUACAACAAAUACAGAAUGCUGAUCCUACAGGAGAGACUCGACCAGAUAGUGUUGAAAUGUUGCAGUUAGAAGAACAAUGUAAAGCCAUGGGUCCAUUAAUUGAUGCUGAACUGGAAAAGAUAGAUAAGAGACAUGCAGAAUUGUGUGGAAUCAAUGCAAAGGUGCUAGAAGCUCUACAAAUGUACCAUAACUUGAUGAAGGAGACACCUAUGCCAUUUGCCUAUAAACAGUCAAUGUCUGGAUAUAAUCCAGGUGCCAUGGGAAUGCCUCCAGGGUCUAUGCCACAGCAGUUUAGUGGUACCCAAUAUAUGCCGCAGGGAGGCAUGAGCCAGAUGCCUCAAAUGACACAAGGUCAAGGUCAGAUGGGAUCAAUGUCACAAGGUCAAGGUCAGACAGGACCAGUGCCACAAGGUCAAUUAAUGCAAGGUCAAGGACAGCCGCAGACGUACACAACAGCAUCUAGUCAAAAUUUUAACAAUAGUGCACCAGUGCAAAAUUUACCUGGUCAACAACCUGGAUAUAAUGCUGCCCAAUCACAACCCCAACCACCACAUCCACAGCAAAAUGUAGUUCCACCCCAACAGAGUAUUCCUACACAUAAUGUGAAUGUAGUUCCAUCACAGUCACAAUAUGGACAAACAAUGGGACCAGUGAAUUCUCAAAACAUGGUUCCCAGCACUACAGACUAUGGUUCUCAGUCAAUUCAAGGACAUAUGUACCAGCAACCUAUUUCUCAACAGCAAUUAUUGUGAACAAAUUUUGAAAUGACGUGAGUUUCAACAAAGUGAUUUUUUAAGAAAUACAUAACCAAAUGUGAUGAUGCAAUUAUUGUAGAAAUGGAUCCUGUCCUGCCCUGGAUUUUAUGGGGGGAAGCAGGAAAUGUUGGAUGGGGUGUAAGAUGGGGGGAAAGUUGUAACUGUAAAGAAUAAAGAUGGAGAUGUUACUUGUGCAGCCAUUAAAUGGAUUCAGCCAUUUAAAGGCUUCAACCAUUUUGUGGAUUCAGCCAUUUAGUUGUUUAAGCCAUUUAGUGGUUUCAACCAAGCCAGUUAGUGGAUUCAGCCAUAUAGUGGUUUCAGUCAUUUAGUGGUUUCAACCAAGCCAAUUAAUGGAUUCAGCCAUAUAGUGGUUUCAGUCAUUUAAUGGUUUCAAUUUAGUAAAAUUCAAAAUAAAUUUGGAAGUAAAGUCUUUUAUAAGGUUAAGCUUGAUGUGACUGUCUAUGCUAUAUGGAAGCCAAAGCACAUUGUAAAGUAAGACAGUUACUGUAGUAAGAAUGGUCAGUUCACAGCUUUUUACUUUUUAAGUGUCGAUAAUUUUACUCUUCUAAAUUUUCAGUUGGUCAUUGACAUGGACCUUUUUGCCAUUCUUGUGCAUGGCUAAAUCUGAAAAUUGGAUGUUACUUAAAGAUUCUCAAAAUGUCAGAAAUUAGAAAAAUUCUAAAAUUAUUUUUCAGAUGGAAACUUUGGCUUUUAGAUAUUCCUGCAGUUUUAUGACUUAGUACAGAUUAAAAAGAAAAUGAGCUUGUUCAAAACUUGUGGCUUUUAUUUUAAUUGUUCUGACAAAAGUUCAGUUUGUAUGCAUCUUAAAUGGAUUUUUUAGUUUAGCUAUUGUUGUAAGGUAAAUGCUUAUUAAAAAGUUAGCAUAUAUAAAUAUAUGUAUGUUGUUAAUUAUUGUGUAUAGUUGUAUGUUUCCUAAAAUGCUUGAUGCAUUUAAAAAAGUGUGUAAAGUAGGACAUAUUUUUAAAAUACAUGUGAUAAUUUACUGUGACUAUGUUGCUGUUUAUAAAGCAAUAUUUCCAGAUAUGUUUUUGUGUGUCUGUUUGUGAAUUAAUUAUGUCUCAUGUUAUUGGAUAUAUUGAAGGGUUUGUCUGAUACUUCUGUGUAAAUGUAAGAAAGUCAUGCAGUGACAUGUGGUAUGCUAUAUAUUGCACACUAAAAGGCUUGUUGUUGUACACUAAAAGGCUAGCUAUUGUACACUGAAAGGCUAGCUAUUGCACACUAAAAGGCUAGCUAUUGUACAUUGAAAGGCUAGUUAUUGCACACUGAAAAGCUAGCUAUUGUACACUGAAAGGCUAGCUAUUGUUAACUGAAAGGCUAUCUAUUGCACACUGAAAGGCAAGUAAUUGUACAAUGAAAGGCUAACAAUUAUACACUAAACAGCGACCUAUAUUACACUGAGAAUCUGUUUAUUGUACACGGGUACGUGUUUAGAGCUGUCAGUGACACAUAGAGACAUUUGAGCUUGGUCUUCAAUUUAUUAACAUUUUGAGUCUAAAAUUCAAAGUUCAGUCAUUUAUUUGCAAUUUUUUUGUUUGCAACUCAGGAAGGGGUUGGAAUGGGUUUGAAAAGUGUUUGAAACCUGGAAAUUACAAUUGAUGAUUUUGCUUUUAUAGCUGUGAAUGUUUCAAUAUAAUGCACUGUCUUGUUUUAACAGAACUCUGGAAAACAACAGGUCUCUGUGAAAGUGUUCAUAAGUUUUACCUGACUAAAUUGAAACAAUAUUUGGUACAAGAGAAUGGAUUGAUGGAGAGUUAAGAGAUCAUAAAGCCAGAGUUUAUAUAGUGAAAAAAAAUCAUAAAAGCUUGCCACUGAUAAAGAUAACCAGUGUUUAUUAAAUUUUUUAAAACUACAUUUUCUUUUAAAUUGGACUCAGUUUCACAUGUAAGUUGAACUGGGAGUAAUUUCUAGCACUUUAUUCAACUUGCAUAUAAUUCUGCAGUUUUAUACAAUGUACAUGCAUAUAAAUCAGAAAAAAACAAAACAGUCCUAUAAUGAUGAAGGGAAGAAAGCUUUGUUCAGUAUAUUCAGUGAAAUGAGACUUGCUCCAUGUGCAUGUGUGUUCUGUUUUAAUCUGUCUUGUUUUAGACUGGAAUUAGUUUCAGAUACAAGGGGAGGAUAAUAUUUCAUUUUUUAGCUCGACUAUUCGAAGAAUAGGGGAGCUAUCUCACUUGCCCCGGCCUCGGCGUGAGCGUUAGCGUCACACAAAUGUUAAAGUUAGCAUACUACCCCAAAUAUUUUCAAAGUCCAUUGAGAUAUUGCUUUCAUAUUUUGCAUACUUGUUUACCAUCAUGACCCCAGUCUGUAAAAAGGAGGAAGCAACUCUAUCAAGCAUUUUGACUGAAUUAUGGCCCCUUUUCGACUUAGAAUAUAAUGUUAAAGUUUGCGUACCACCCCAAAUAUUUUCAAAGUACAUUGAGAUAUUGCUUUCAUAUUUUGCAUACUUGUUUACCAUCAUGACCCCAGUCUGUAAAAAGGAGGAGGCAACUCUAUCAAGCAUUUUGACUGAAUUAUGGCGCCUUUUCGACUUAGAAUAUGCUUAUUGUAAUGUUAAAGUUUUACUCAUAGCUUAUAUUAUACUAUAAAGCACUGAGAAUAGUCGAGUGCGCUGUCCACUGACAGCUCUUGUUUAUAGAAGUUAUAAGGAAAUUUAUUCUUACAGGCAUACACAUCAACAUUAAUCUGGAUUUUGUUAAAGCUUUGUGUUCCCAAAUUGAUACACACAUAAAUGCAUAUUAAUGAGUAGAUGCUUACCUUACAAUAUUUAAAAAGCUGUGUUUGCAGAUAAGUGGCUCAGAAAGUAAUCUUAAGAUAAACAGUAGAAAAAUAUAAUUUAUUAAUACAGCCAGUCAUUUAAGGUCCCAGUUAGCUUAAUGCCUGCGUUAUCCAAGGGUUUAAAGAUAUCCAAACAUAGAAAAUACAGGGGAAAUGGUUGGGGACUACACACAUUGCUUGAAUGAGCCCUGGUACUGGAGACAUUGAUACUCCAGUAAGCGGUUUAUCGAGUUUUAAUUACAAUGUGACAUUUUCUGUUUCAUCAGUGAUACAACUCUAUUGUUUUCUGUAGUAAUUAUAAAAUUGGCAAUUUCUUUUGGACCACAUUCAAUUUCAGAUUUAUAUUUUUCCCAUUUAUAUAUGCUAGAAUUGAUUUAUGAUUUUUAAUAUGUUUGCUUCACUGCUGUUCAUGAGAUUUACAAGUUAUAGGUUUUUUUGUGUUAAUUUGACAUUCAGCUCAAAAGUCCAAUAAUAAAAAUUAGUCCAAUAAAAAUGUUUUCCUCUUGUGAUACUGAUAUAAAUGUUUGGUUGAUAUGAUCCAACUAACUUUGAAAUGUUGUAGUUAGAGUAUAGAUGUUCAAGUAAAAAUGCAGAGAACUAGUGACUAUGAUAAAGUUAACACAAUGUUUAAUGCAAAAAGCUUGCAGUAUAUUAUGUCAAAAUUUUGCUCAUUUAGUUUUUAUCAUGUAGCUAUUUGUUGCACCUGUGAGAAUGAUAGAGUAUGGAUACCUAAAUAUUUGAACAAAUGCAAUUCAUAGAGAACAUCAUUUUAUAAGGUUGUGUUCAGUUUUAUGUCGGAUUUUCAUUUUUAAUAGUGAUAUCUAAUGUUGCUUACUUUAGUAUAUUGAUGUGUGAAAGUGUAUGACUAAACUUACAAGUGUCAUUUUAAAUGGAAGUGCCAAGGUAUGUUACAACACAAGAUCUUCACAGCUCUGAUCUUAAUUUGAAGGAGUUAAUAACUCAGCUGAUACUGAAGAUUACUUACUUUUUUAUGGCAGUUUGAUGUACAUGUAACUGUUUUAUAGUCUGCUGUCAGGAAAUUGUGACUUAUACCACGAUACAGUUUCGCUCAUGUGUGUUUAUCAGUCAGUCAAUUGACAGUUAAGUUUCUGAUCAAUAACCAGAACUAUUUUUCAGCAGCAUUUCAGUUACAUAACUAUGGGAGUUUCAUCUAACUCAUGUUCGUUGAUUCUGAACCAGUACCAACCUGUUCUCCACAAGCAACUACCAACUUCUCCACAUGAAUCAGAGGUGGACAAAUGAUUUCAGACACAUUAUCUUUUAUCAGAUCAUCACGGAGAACAAACUCCCUGUCCAGGGAUCAAAUUCGCAACCCAUAGCUCUGCACUCUCCCAAUCAAACUAUGUGGGCAAGGUUCAGUAACCAGAAAGUAGUGGUCUGCAGUAGUCCAUCUUUGUAGCAUGAUUUUCUAUGGUCAGUAGAUGAAUGUCUCUAGAUUUUGAGGGAUAUUAGGUCUCGGUUACAGCUUGCUUGAGGGUAAAAUUAAUGCACCUAGUUAAAUCUGGCAGACCAUCAUUGACAGGGAUGAUGGGGACAAAUGUUUUAUAACUUACAUGCUGCUAAAAUCUUAGUUUUGUAUAAAAUUUGCAAUUUGCACUGUCUGCUGAUACUAGAAAAAAAUAAUGUCAUGAAAAUUAGUCAAUAGAUCUGCAAUACUGUGUUUCCACAUUUGGUAGCAAUCUAGCUCAUUGUGUGACCUUAGUUUUUAGUCACCAUUGCAUUGUGUUGAUUUGAAUUGACUUGGUAGAUAACUGGAUAUAUUCAAAUGUAUCAUUAUAUACAUCAUGUUAAACUGUCGAGCAAUGACUGUCUUUAAGUUUUGAGGGAUAUUAUGUCUUGGUUACAGCUUGCUUGAGGGUAAAAUUAAUGCACCUUGUUACCUCUGGCAGACCAUCAUUGGUGAGAAGUUAACAGUUUGUUUUAAAACGGGUCUUCUUUCAUAUUUUUUUUU